AUAUGGGCUGCAAGACGCUAAGUGACCUGAGGGCGCCCCCCCAAGCCGUACCCAGGCGCCGCCGGAAGACGCGCCGUUGACCCGACGCGGCCGAUAUCCGCUACCCAAGCGGAACCAAGGGACCCUCCAGGACGCGCCUGAGGGCGCCCCCCCAAGCCGUACCCAAGCGACACCGGAAGACGCGCCGUUGACCUGACGUGGCCGAGAUCCGCUGCCCAAGCGGAACCGAGGAACUCUCCAGGACGCGUCGGAACGGGCAGUUCGCGCUGAGACACGCCACCGUCAACACCCUUGGCUGACCUCUACUUAACGUCCGUGCUAUCCGUGCCCUUCUCUCGUGACCCCGCUUACCGCUUGAAGAAUAAAGACAUAAGAAGCACCACGGCCUUUGUCUACACCCAUUUGUGAAUCCCUCACAAGUGGCGGCAGCGGAAAACUCUUUCGCAACAAGAGAGACCCCAGCCUCCGGAAAGCAAGAUAGGUCAAGAAAAGAACCCUACGCUAACCCCGCCGCGCUCCCACGAACCCACGAUCUGCGGCGUCCGAGUCCCCGUGACGCCCACGCCGAGACAACAAACAGCUCCUCCAGCCGAAGCCAAGAUGCUCGUUCUGAUGCUCCUGGCCAUGGCUUCACCCUUGCUCGCCGAGCCAGGCCUACCCGAAAGGUUACGCGCCGUGCCCGGUGCAUUAAUCGAAAAUCUAGGCACAGUAUUCCCGAUAUCGAGUAAUAUCGAAGUUAGGGUCUCCCUUCGCCCCCUCUCUGAUAUUUCUAACAUAGCCAUUCACCACUUAAACGAGAUAACCAGGCUCCGCAACGAAAUAGCUGAAGACAAUCUAUCUCACGAGAAGUUCUUCCUUCUGGACAAAGCUAUAAACUCAACAAUGUUUACCUUGCAACAGUUUGUCGUACACAAACGUCGAUCGCGCCGCGGACUGAUUAACAUUGUAGGGAAAGUUGCGCACUCGCUCUUCGGUGUCGUAGACGAUGACACCCUUACCUCUACAUUUGCCGAAUAUCGGUCAACAUUAUCUACAAUAAGUCAACGUUUUGAUACUUCUAUCCAUAACAUUAACGCCAUUGCUGACAACAUUCAACAGCUACAACACGCCUAUAAGAACAUAUCUCACACCUUCAACGUCCUUCAGAAAAAGAUUAACAACGCUAGUCACUUCACAGAACUAACGUUCAACGUUCUUUCUUACCAAAUAACAGUAAAUACUAUUACCCAGUAUAUCAACUCCUUUGUCUCCGAUCUCAUCGCAGCCUCAAAAGGUACCGUUUCCGAAAGCCUCAUAUCUCCUCAGGAUAUCGACCUCAUCCUUAAACAAGCCGCCUCCCAUAAGCUCCAUCCCCUAUUCACCCUCACAGAUCGCGUUCCUUUCUAUUCUACCCUUAAAUCCUUCCUCACGAUUUCAGGUCUGUCGGUUUUCAUUCCUAUGGAACCUCGUACUUCCUUCACCGCUUAUUAUAUUCAUCCAUUCCCUCACAAAACCAACAACACCUUUUUCACCCUCCAACUACAACACUCACUCAUUCUCAAAUCAUCCCAAGGUCACACUAUCACCACACCGCCACCUACCUUCAUGACCGCUUGCACCCAGGCAUUACCGCGAUUGUUCGUCUGCAACUCACGCCCAUUGCCACUUUUCAGUGAUGACUGCUCGGAUGCCAUCAUCACAAAUCAUAACAUAAUUAACGAAUGCUCAUUCGAUAGUAUCGUACCAACAUCUCGUCCAUUUCUUCUACCCUUCGACGACAUUUCUGUCCUCUACUUCUUCCAACCCUCUACCGCAACAGUCACGUGCAAAGAGGCUCUUCCAGACGUUGUAGUUACCGGAAUCUAUGUCCUCCCUAUCUCCUGCGAGAUUGUGACAACGUCGUUAUUCAUUCCGGCGUCCCAUUCAUACGCAACCGACAUAUCCGUCCGUGGUCUCAACAUCAGCCCCAUGGUAUUGGACUUACCGGUUUUCAAUGUAACCAUCCCAGAUAUCAGCACUUCUCAUGUCACUCAUAUUCAAGAGAAUCCGGUCAACAUUCCUUCCUUCACCUUUUCAUUCAAUUUAUUACUACCCGAUUUACGUAGUCGGAGCUGCUAUAGCUUAGUUUUAAGUCUUUAUAUUCCCAUCUCCCACCCUACCCGCCCCUUGCACCACUAUUCCUUCAUGCACGAGCCAGGCACCGGCUGCGCAAGAUUUCGCUCAACACCACCACAGCGAUACCUGCCAGAAGUCAAGGCUGUCAGCUCCUACGAAUCUCCUGAUCCGUCUCCUUUCGAAUGCAAUGCAGAUUUUGGGCUGAAUCAGCUUAAUAAAACAUGUAUGGGUGAAUUAGAAGAAAGCUUCUAUGUACUGGACAAUAUAUUUACAUUGCAAAGUCUAAAUACUAAGCAGCAUGUGUAA